CCUGCCGGGCGGGCCGACUGGCAAGCCCCUUUCCGGCUGUUCCCUAUGGAGGCGCUGGGGAAAUUGAAGCAGUUCGAUGCCUACCCCAAGACUUUGGAGGACUUCCGGGUCAAGACCUGCGGGGGCGCCACGGUGACCAUCGUCAGUGGCCUUCUUAUGCUGCUAUUGUUCCUGUCCGAGCUGCAGUAUUACCUUACCACGGAGGUGCAUCCUGAACUCUAUGUGGACAAAUCGCGGGGAGAUAAACUGAAGAUCAACAUCGAUGUCCUUUUCCCGCACAUGCCUUGUGCCUAUCUGAGCAUCGACGCCAUGGAUGUGGCUGGGGAACAGCAGCUGGACGUGGAACACAACUUGUUCAAGCAGCGGCUGGACAAGGACGGCGUCCCCGUGAGCUCAGAGGCAGAGCGGCAUGGUAACCAGGGGACGGGGCCUUGCCAUUCCCUACCUUCUGGCAAGUCAGCUGGGCCAGUCUCAGCAGUGAACCAGGCAACUAGGACCCAGAGAGGGUCUGCCGCCCCGCCCAAGGUCCCCUGCGGCCGAGAACUUGGAGAGGGUACAGACCGUAAUCCGGCGAGGCCAAGGCCUCCAGGAGAGGCAGCGGCUGCUACAUACAGCCCCUUCCCAGUCUCUAACCCCGGCCCUCUGCCCUCUCGUUGGUCUCCACUCCCAGCAAAACCCAACGGAGGGGCCCUGCGUCUGUCCAUCUCGACUGGAGCAGACGGCCGGGCUCCUCAUUCUCAGGCGAAGCUUGGCUGGUGGGUGGGUUUGAGGUUAGCCCUCCAACUCGUAUCUGACAGCGUCAUCGGCCCCUCAUUCCGGAGAGACUGGUCCAUACGCCAGGAGUGGAAGCGUCCCAAAUGGGCAGAUGGGCUCGGGCCUUGGUGCCCUGCCCUUGACGUGCCCGCUCCCCACCUGCUCCCCUGCAGGUGCUGCAACACCUGCGAGGACGUGCGUGAGGCCUAUCGGCGCCGAGGCUGGGCCUUCAAGAACCCAGACACCAUCGAGCAGUGCCGGCGAGAGGGCUUCAGCCAGAAGAUGCAGGAGCAAAAGAACGAAGGCUGCCAGGUGUAUGGCUUCCUGGAAGUCAACAAGGUGGCUGGGAACUUCCACUUUGCUCCUGGGAAGAGCUUCCAGCAGUCUCAUGUGCACGUACAUGCUGUGGAGAUCCACGACCUGCAGAGCUUUGGCCUUGACAACAUCAACAUGACCCACUACAUCCGCCACCUGUCAUUCGGAGAGGACUACCCGGGCAUCGUUAACCCCCUGGACCACACCAAUGUCACUGCACCCCAAGCCUCCAUGAUGUUCCAGUACUUUGUGAAGGUGGUACCCACAGUGUACAUGAAGGUGGAUGGGGAGAUGCUGAGGACAAACCAGUUCUCUGUGACCAGACAUGAGAAAGUGGCCAAUGGGCUGAUGGGCGACCAGGGGCUCCCCGGUGUCUUCGUGCUCUACGAGCUCUCGCCCAUGAUGGUGAAGCUGACGGAGAAGCACAGGUCCUUCACGCACUUCCUGACAGGCGUCUGUGCCAUCAUCGGAGGAAUGUUUACAGUGGCUGGACUCAUCGAUUCGCUGAUCUACCACUCGGCACGAGCCAUCCAGAAGAAAAUCGAUCUAGGCAAGACAACGUAGUUGCCCCUGCCCCUCCUGUUGUUCCCUUUUUUUUUCUCUUUGUCCUUGUGGUCAUUUUCCCUAGCCUCUGCCACCACUCAUCCUUGGCCCCAGGUUAAUAAAUCUAUUGGUUGUGAUAAUA